UACAAAUGUAUUCAGUAUUUAGACGUAUACCUGAUUCAAAUCUCUCAUUGUUUUGUUUUUUCUCGCACUCGCAAGUUCAAGAUGUUUUUCAAAUACUUUUUAUUUUUGUUUGCGGUCGUUGUCAUCGCUCAAGCGUUGACGGAUGAAGAAGAAUUCGACAAUUAUAAGAAAAAAUUUAACAAAUCGUAUGACACUCCAGAAGAAGAACAGAAACGAUUCAAGAUCUUCCAAGACAAUUUGAGAUUCAUUGAAGAUCAUAACCAAAAGUACCAACGUGGAGAAGUUUCUUCAACAGUUGGAGUUAACCAGUUUGCUGAUCAGUCAAAAGACGAAUGGGCCAAUAGGAACCACGGACUUAAAAUUGAUUAGAGUCGUAUUGUUUCUGUUGUAGGAUUAAAGAUAAUAACAAUGUGAAAAUAUUUUAAAAGUUGUUAGUUUAAAUGCCGUUUUAGCAUUACUGUAUUUAAAAACCUGUUUUUAAAAUAAUUUUAAAAAUAAAGCAUUCUUAAUAGGU